CCGGUCCCCCGCCCCCAGCUUUCUCCUCGAAGUGAUCAGGAGUCACCUUACGAGUGCCAGGCGCACAAAAAAGAAAGCCGUCAACAUCCAUUGUUUGUGCAAGUUGGAAGAAGGACACAUCUUUUCAUUUUACUCUGCUUUUGUACCCUGGCACGAUGCUCGACGGCUACGAGUGCGAGCCCGACGAUAAGAUGAGGGGCCCAUCAAUGGACAUCGACGAGAAAAGCACCGCCUUUUCUCAAGCUCAGAUCUCAAUACCUCCGGCAGCAACAAGGAGGCACACAAUCAACACCAUGAUGACUACCACGAUUAUUCCAGAACCCACACCGCCGGUCGCGGACCCUCAACGGCGAUUCUCCUGGCUGCCGAGAUCCGCCACCCCAUCCCUGCGCAGCCCCACAUUCCGGCGGCGAACGGCGAGCCCGUUUGAUGACGAUGAUUAUUCAUAUGCCGAGAGCAACCCUUUCGGAGAAGACUUCAGGGAGCAAAAUGAGCAGGCUGCGCGAGAUUGGGAUCGGGAGCAUGGUCACGAUCACGGGGAGAAUCCCUUUGAAGAUUGCGAGUACGAGCUGCCACCAGCGGUGGUGAAAAAGGAUGGGACUUGGACCAAAUUCAAGAAGGCUAUGAGUCCACGACGUGCCAUCAGUAAGUGGAAAUAUCGGAAGGUCAAGCAUGAGGGCAUGCGACCUGGGCCAGAUGGUCCAGACCACGAAGAGGACGGCCGUCAUCAGGGACAAGUCUCUUGAUUUUGAACACAGUUAGUCAGCCCGGAAAAGGCGGGAUGACUGUUACAGCACACUUGAUACCACUCGGGGCGGUUAUUUUGCUACAAGGAUUUGCUUUUUUUCUUUUAUCCAGGGGCAAACCGGCGUUGCCUUCAAACAGAAGUGUUUUGAUACCUAGAUGCCUUUGAGUUACCUGAAGCGACGGAUGAAAAGACAACCAGGCGUUGUCUGACUGCGCUUAAAACAAUC